AUUAUGUAAGUACAGUGUGUGUCAUAUAUCAUAUGUAUUGUGGGUUUCCUGUGCUUCCUGUGUAACAGUGUGAGGUGUCACCAUGCCUCUGGUGAAGAGGAAUAUCGACCCGCGCCACCUGUGCCGGGGGGAGUUGCCAGAGGGCAUCGGCAGUGAGCUGGAGUGUGUGAUGAACAACACCCUCUCCUCCAUCAUCCGCCAGCUCAGCAGCCUGAGUAAGAUACACACACACACAACACACACAACACACAGAGCAGAGAGCACUAACCACACACUACAUAAAACUUGUAAAGCAUGUUAUUCAUAGGUGUCUAUGUGGGGAAGAGGGCAAUGACAUACAGUGAGGGGGGAGGGGGGAGGAGGGAGGGGGGAGGGGGGAGGGGGGAGGGGGGAGGGGGGGAGGAGGGAGGAGGGAGGGGGGAGGAGGGAGGAGGGAGGGGGGAGGGGGGAGGAGGGAGGAGGGAGGGGGGAGUACAGUAUGCUAUCCUGUUGAAAUAAUUCUCAAAAUUCUAUUCAUCCGGACGUGUGUGUACAUUCGUGUUUGUGUGUACCGGUAGCGGUGCGUGGGUAGAAUCAAUGGGGAAGCCAAGUCAGGGGGGAAAAAAGCCAUAUUACAACCUAUGUUUUGUAAUAAUUGCGUUGUUUGCUCUAUAACCUGUUAGGUCAUAUGCCUUCACACCGUGAUAUAUAGGCCUAAAGGCCGAGACAAUAAGAAACAACACAGUGGCAGAAUAAAUUCAACCACAUCUUUGUUUCAUCACAAAACCGGAGAGCAACCUCUGUCCGGUGAAGUCCACAAAGCAUAUUACAUGUAACAAACAGUUACAUGACCUACAGCAUGGUCAAGAAAGUUAAUGUUUCUGAUAUUUUCGGACUACUAAACAACUAUUGAUUUAGAACCACUGAGAGUUACUGCAAGUCUCAAAGUUAAACAGGAGCAUCUCCACUAUUCCAGCACCAUUUCAACUUCAACAUUUCAACAUCAUCAAAUCACCUAUGCUUAGUCUAAUACAGUGACAACUAAAAGAUACAAAAAAGUAUUUAGUCCAAUCAACGUAAGCUAAAUGUGUAAUAUAUGUGGCUGUUCAUGGUUCUGAUUUGUGUGUGUGUGUGCGUUCGUGCAAGUAGAAAAAACAUGUUGACACCCUACUUGUAGAGAAAAGCCAAUGCCAUCCUCCUCUCUUUCAUGUUGACGAAACGGCCUAUGACUCUGUCAUACAGUUAUUGCUUUUAUUUUUUGUUGUCCUAGGCUACCUGGCUAAAAUGUUUGCUCGCUAGCCUAACUUCCUUUCAUGGGCAACGUUAGCUAGUUAACAUUAGCCUUCUACAUCUAGCUACAGAUUGAACUUCCAUCCUCUUAGUCCAGGGCACAAUGUAUUUUAUGGUUGGAUCAGAAUCCCCGUUAUAAUCAUUGCCAGUAUGGAGAAUUAAGUAAAACCACAAGUCCAAAUCCCUAUCUUCAUCCAUGGCUAAUUUAGGAAAGGGCCAAUUUUAGCUAGCUAGCCACCGGAGGACAACAAUACAACGAGAUGCAACAAUUCAAGUUGUUUCUGUCUAUUACUUAUUUAUCUGUGAUAGGAGUGAAGCCAAAUCCAAAUUGGCUUCCCUUGACACUUUUUUUUGGUCCGCUAGGACCAUUCACAGUUGAACUCGCUCAGUUUAGCUCAACGCUGAUUGGCUAUUAUCUUAUAUUUAUUUUAUCAAGGAAGGCCAAAUGCUCGCUGUCUUCCCUUGCAUUCAAUGCUACUGGCAGCAACAAUGUCAUACUCUUUAUGGCCAGACGGAAUCAGAUAUGUAGAUGGCCUACACAUACAGAGACAGAAGGGCGCUGUUUCGCUCGCUUGGAUGCUUUCUCCAGUGAGAUACAUUCAGCCUUAGCCUUGCGAAUUGAAGGAAGAUUAUGAAAACACAGAGAUGAAAGAUGCUUUUUUUGGUCCAUUUUCUUGUCCAUUUUUUGGGGAAGCCUGGCUUCCCAUGAAUACACACCACUGGUGUGUGCUGUAGUAUAACAGCAUUAAACCGAGUGAAUAUGACUUAAGGGGUUAUAGCCUGAAUAACCCUGCUGCCCCCAUGACACAUGCCAAAGCAAGUGAAAUAGAUAAUAAACAAAAGAGAAAAACUCACUCACUCUUUCUCUGUCAUUGGAGUUUAGCAUUUAUUGGGAUGACUCUUGUACUGGAGGCAACUAAUCACAUUUUAACCCUAAGCUUAACCUUAACCACACUGCUAACCCUAAUGCCUAACCCUAACCUUAAAUUAACACCAAAAAGCUAUUUUUUUUCAUGACUUUUUACAAUUUAGCCAAUUGAGCCAAAAUCGCUCAGUUCUGCCUCCAGGACAAGACUCAUCUUUACUUUACCUUUAUUUAACAAGGCAAGUCAGUUAAGAACAAAUUCUUAUUUACAAUGACGGCCUACACCGGCCAAUGCUGGACGACGCUGGGCCAAUUGAGCGCCGCCCUAUGGGACUCCCAAUCACGGCCGGUUGUGAUACAGCCUGGAAUCGGGCUCCGUGUAGCUCAGUUGGUAGAGCAUGGCGCUUGCAACGCCAGGGUUGUGGGUUCGUUUCCCACGGGGGGCCAGUAUGAACAAAUAAAAAUAAAUAAUGUAUGCACUCACUAACUGUAAGUCGCUCUGGAUAAGAGCGUCUGCUAAAUGACUAAAAUGUCAAAUGUAAAUCAAACCAGGGUGUCUGUAGUGACGUUUCAAGCACUGAGAUGCAGUGCCUUAGACCGCUGCGCCACUCGGGAGCCCACAUUGUGAUUGUUCCUGUGGUGGGAGUGGGCCUUUCAGCAGCAGCUGUGUGAGUUAAAUAUAAACAGAGAGAGGAAGGCUAAGCUAGAGCCUUAUCUCUGCCCAAAAUCUGUCCAGGUUAAACAGAUCAUUAAUUAUGAAGCAAGCGAGGAGUUUCUGUAUGGGGGGCAAUGAGAGAGGGUCAAAUUGAUAACCAUAAAUUGCUAUUUUGAUACAUGAGGCUUAUUUGAUCUAAUAGAAGUUUGGUAAUGAUUAGGUUGUUACCAGUGUACUGAUAUAAGUGUGAUGCACGUGACAUCCCGGCAACUUUGAGAAAGAACACUUUAUAUUGGAGUUGUCCCUGUUGAAAUUCGAGAUGGUAUAUGUAUAAUCAUGAGGCUAGCGUAGCAUCUCACACUCCAUUGAACAUUUACAUUUACAUUUACAUCAUUUAGCAGACGCUCUUUUCCAGAGCGACUUACAAAUUGGUGCAUUCAACUUAUGAUAGCCACUUUUUUAUUUUUUAUGGAAGGAGGUAGAAGGAUUAUUUUAUACUAUUCCAGGUAUUCCUUAAAGAGGUAGGGUUUAAAGUGUCUCCGGAAGGUGGUCAGUGACUCCGCUGUUGUGGGGGAGCUUGUUCCACCAUUGGGGUGCCAGAGCAGCAAAGAGCUUUGACUGGGCUGAGCGGGAACUGUGCUUCCGUAGAGGUAGGGGAGCUAGCAGGCCAGAGGUGGAUGAACGUAGUGCCCUCGUUUAGGUGUAAGGUCUGAUCAGAGCCUGAAGGUAAGGAGGUGCCGUUCCCCUCACAGCUCCGUAGGCAAGCACCAUGGUCUUGUAGUAGAUGCGAGCCUCAAAUGGAAGCCAGUGGAGUGUGCGGAGGAGCGGGGUGACAUGAGAGAACUUGGGAAGGUCGAACACCAGACGGGCUGCGGCGUUCUGGAUAAAUUGUAGGGGUUUAAUGACACAGGCAGGGAGCCCAGCCAACAGCGAGUUGCAGUAAUCCAGACGGGAGAUGACAAGUGCCUGGAUUAGGACCUGUGCCGCUUUCUGUGUAAAGUAGGGUCGUACUCUGCGAAUGUUGUAGAGCAUGAACCUGCAGGAUCGGGUCACCGCUUUGAUGUUAGCGGAGAACGACAGGGUGUUGUCCAGGGUCACGCCAAGGUUCUUUGCACUCUGGGAGGAGGACACAAUGGAGUUGUCAACCGUGAUGGCGAGAUCAUGGAGUGGGCAGUCCUUCCCCGGGAGGAAGAGCAGCUCCGUCUUGCCGAGGUUCAGCUUGAGGUGGUGAUCCAACAUCCACACUGAUAUGUCUGCCAGACAUGCAGAGAUGCGAUUCGCCACCUGGUUAUCAGAAGGGGGAAAAUAGAAAAUUAAUUGUGUGUCGUCUGCGUAGCAAUGAUUGGAGAGACCAUGUGAGGAUUUGACAGAGCCAAGUGACUUGGUGUAUAGAGCGAAUAGGAGAGGGCCUAGAACUGAGCCCUGGGGGACACCAGUGGUGAGAGCACGUGGUGCGGAGACAGAUUCUCGCCACGCCACCUGGUAGGAGCGACCUGUCAGGUAGGACGCAAUCCAAGAGUGAGCAGUGCCUGAGAUGCCCAACUCGGAGAGGGUGGAGAGGAGGAUCUGAUGGUUCACAGUAUCAAAGGCAGCGGAUAGGUCUAGAAGGAUAAGUGCAGAGGAGAGAGAGUUAGCUUUAGCAGUGCGGAGAGCCUCCGUGACACAGAGAAGAGCAGUCUCAGUUGAAUGACCAGUCUUGAAACCUGACUGGUUUGGAUCAAGAAGGUCAUUCUGAGAGAGAUAGCAGGAGAGUUGGCUAGAGAUUGCACGCUCAAGAGUUUUGGAGAGAAAAGAAAGAUGGGAUACUGGUCUGUAGUCGUUGACAUCGGAGGGAUCGAGUGUAGGUUUUUUGAGGAGGGGUGCAACUCUCGCUCUCUUGAAGACGGAAGGGACAUGGCCAGCGGUCAAGGAUGAGUUGAUGAGCGAGGUGAGGUAAGGGAGAAGGUCUCCGGAAAUGGUCUGUAGAAAAGAGGAGGGGAGAGGGUCAAGCGGGCAGGUUGUUGGGCGGCCGGCCGUCACAAGUCGCAAUAUUUCAUCUGGAGAGAGAGGGGAGAAAGAAGUCAAAGCAUAGGGUAGGGCAGUGUGAGCAGGACCAGCGGUGUCAUUUGACUUAAUAAAUGAGGAUCGGAUGUCAUCAACCUUCUUUUCAAAAUGGUUGACGAAGUCAUCCACAGAGAGGGAGGAGGGAGGGGGAGGAGGAGGAGGAUUCAGCAGGGAGGAGAAGGUGGCAAAGAGCUUCCUAGGGUUAGAGGCAGAGGCUUGAAAUUUAGAGUGGUAGAAAGUGGCUUUAGCAGCAGAAACAGAGGAAGAGAAUGUAGAGAGGAGGGAGUGAAAAGAUGACAAGUCCGCAGGGAGUCUAGUUUUCCUCCAUUUCCUCUCGGCUGCCUGGAGCCCUCUUCUGUGAGCUCGCAAUGAGUCGUCAAGCCACGGAGCAGGAGGGGAGGACCGAGCCGGCCGGGAGGAUAGGGGACAUAGAGAGUCAAAAGAUGCAGAAAGGGAGGAGAGGAGGGUUGAGGAGGCAGAAUCAGGAGAUCGGAGGGAGAAGGAUUUAGCAGAGGGAAGAGAUCAUAGGAUGGAAGAGGAGAGAGUAUCGGGAGAGAGAGAGCGAAGGUUGCGACGGCACAUUACCAUCUGAGUAGGGGCAGAGUGAGUAGUGUUGGAGGAGAGCGAGAGAGAAAAGGAUACAAAGUAGUGGUCGGAGACUUGGAGGGGAGUUGCAGUGAGAUUAGUAGAAGAACAGCAUCUAGUAAAGAUAAGGUCAAGCGUAUUGCCUGCCUUGUGAGUAGGGGGGGACGGUGAGAGGGUGAGGUCAAAAGAGGAAAGGAGUGGAAAGAAGGAGGCAGAGAGAAAUGAGACAAAGGCAGACGUAGGGAGGUUAAAGUCACCCAGAACUGUGAGGGGUGAGCCAUCCUCAGGAAAGGAACUUGUCAAGCUCAUUGAUGAACUCUCCAAGGGAACCUGGAGGGCGAUAAAUGACAAGGAUGUUAAGCUUGAAUGGGCUAGUGACUGUGACAGCAUGGAAUUCAAAUGAGGAGAUAGACAGAUGGGUCAGGGGAAAAAGAGAGAAUGUCCACUUGGGAGAGAUGAGGAUUCCUGUGCCACCGCCGCGCUGACCAGAUGCUCUCAGGGUAUGCGAGUACACAUGGUUAGACGAGGAAAGAGCAUUAGGAGUAGCAGUGUUUUCUGUGGUAAUCCAUGUUUCCGUCAGCGCCAAGAAGUCGAGGGACUGGAGGGUAGCAUAGGCUGAGAUGAACUCUGCCUUGUGUGUGUGUGUGUGUGUGUGUGUGUGACAAUGUCAGAACUAUGAAGAGAGGUCAGAUUUAAACAUUCUGAACCUCUCUUCCUUUCUUCCUCUAAAUAUUUUUCCAGUGGUCAUCCUGUGUGUGUGUGUGCGUGCCUCUGACACACACAAGUUAGUGUUGUUAAAGCGUAUUGACGCCUGACCUAAACAGACGUGCUCUUGCAAAGAUUGAUUGUUGUGGAUUUUUCUUCUAGGACCUCACAUGACAACAGUGAUGCCCUGGUCUAUUUCUUAGUUCAGUUUGUUACCAGGAGAAUGGUAGAAAUGUGUCUUUGAUAGUCCCAUUCAUCAAGUCCAUCUCAAUUGAUUGCUCCUACCAGUCUGACUUUAAUGUAAUUGCUGUCUUUAGCAAUGGCUGUAUCUCCCGUUGUCUGGUUGAUGCUUGGUCCUGUUCAAAUCUGCCUUCUGUCGUCAUAAACAGAACAGUUACUCUAUAGUUUCCUCAAAGUGCAGUGCACAGUGUGCUGCACACUGUAUGCAUCAUUUAGUACACCAGAAUGUCAUGCUAACCACACACGAUCCGUCUGUCUACCCUUGUACUGCAGGUAAACAUGCAGAGGACAUAUUUGGGGAGUUGUUCAACGAGGCCAACACGUUCUACCUGAGAGCCAACUCCCUGCAGGACCGCAUCGACCGUCUGGCUGUCAAAGUCACCCAGCUGGACUCCACUGUGGAGGAAGGUAAGACAGGGGUUAGAGGUCACAGGAAACAGGAAACAGGAAGUGGUGUCAUUACUGGUUGCCACGGUAAUGUGAGGUCCUUUGCAUUAGGGAGUUACGUCAGGUGUGGAAAAAUUGCUGAAACUGAGGAUAUACAGUGCAUUUGGAAAGUAUUCAGACCCCUUGACCUUUUCCACAUUUUGUUACGUUGCAGCCUUAUUCUAAAAUUGAUUAAAUUGUUUUCUUUCCUCAUGGAAUCUACACACAAUACCCCAUAAUGACAAAGCAAAAAUAGUUUAUUUGAAAUGUUUGCAAACUUAUAAAAACAAACAAACUGAAAUAUAACAUUUACAUAAGUAUUCAGGCCCUUUACUCAGUACUUUGUUGAAGCACCUAUGGCAGCGAUUACAGCCUCAAGUCUUCUUGGAGUUUGACGCUACAAGCUUGGCACACCUGUAUUUGGGGAGUUUCUCCCAUUCUUCUCUGCAGAUCCUCUCAAGCUCUGUCAGGUUGGAUGGGGAGCGUCGCUGCACAGCUAUUUUCAGGUCUCUCCAGAGAUGUUCAAGUCCGGGCUCUGGCUAGGCUACUCAAGGGUCGUUGUCCUGUUGGAAGAUGAACAUCAAGAAUCUCUCUGUACUUUGCUCCAUUCAUCUUUCCCUCAAUCCUGACUAGUCUCCCAGUCCCUGCCGCUGAAAAACAUACCCACAGCAUGAUGCUGCCACCACCAUGUUUCACCAUAGGGAUGGUGCCAGGUUUCCUCCUUUGGAUUCAGGCCAAAGAGUUCAAUCUUGGUUUCAUCAGACCAGAGAAUCUUGUUUCUCAUGGGCUGAGAGUCCUUUAGGUGCCUUUUGGCAAACUCCAAGCGAGCUGUCAUGUGCCUUUUACUGAGAAUUGGCUUCUGUCUGGCCACGCUACCAUAAAGGCCUGAUUGGUGGAGUGCUGCAGAGAUUGUUGUCCUUCUGGAAGGUUCUCCCAUCUCCACAGAGGAACUCUGGAGCUCUGUCAGAGUGACCAUCGGGUUCUUGGUCACCUCCCUGACCAAGGCCCUUCUCCCCCGAUUGCUCAGUUUGGCCGGGCGGCCAGCUCUAGGAAGAGUCUUGGUGGUUCCAAACUUCUUUCAUUUAAGAAUGAUUGAGGCCACUGUGUUCUUGGGGACCUUCAAUGCUGCAGAAAUGUUUUGGUACCCUUCCCCAGAUCUGUGCCUUGACACAAUACUGGAGCUCUACGGACAAUUCCUUAAACCUCAUGGCUUGGUUUUUGCUCUGACAUGCACUGUCAACUGUGGGACUUACCAAAUAAUAUCCAAUCAAUUGAAUUUACCACAGGUGGACUCCAAUCAAAUUGUAGAAACAUCUCAAGGAUGAUCAAUGGAAACAGGAUGCACCUGAGCUCAAUUUCGAGUCUCAUAGCAAAUGGUCUGAAUACUUAUGUAAAUAAGGUAUUUCUGUUUUUUAUUUUUAAUACAUUUGCUAAAAUUCUGUUUUCACUUUGUCAUUAUGGGGUAUCGUGUGUAAAUUCAUGAGGAUUUGUAUUUAUUUAAUCAAUUUUAGAAUAAGGCUGUAACGUAACAAAAUGUGGAAAAAGGGAAGGGGUCUAAAUACUUUCCGAAUGCACUGUAUAAAUCCUUCUCUCACACCCUGUCUGUCCCCCUCUCUUUUCUCCCAUAUCUCCCUCACCUUCUCUUUCUCUUGGUCCUCUCUCUGUUUGUCCUCCCUCCCUCCCUCUCUUGUUUGUUCUCGCUCUCUCUAUACCCUUCGUUUUCUCCCUGUUUGUCCUCUCUCUCUGUCCUCAGUCUCUCUGCAGGACAUCAACAUGAAGAAGGCGUUUAAGAGCAGUACUGCCCAGGACCAGCAGGUGGUAUCCACAAGGAGCGUUCCCAUCCCUGUCAAGGAGAUGUACAACCUGAGUGACAAACCUCCACCCCUCAACAUCCUCUCCAAAUAUAGGUGGGGUAUCUCCCCCUCCCUUUCUAUGAUCUGUCUAACGUCUCCUACCCAGGGCAGUCUAAACCCAGAGUCAAAUACCUCAGCAGAUCUGUCUAACGUCUCCUACCCAGGGCAGUCUAAACCCAGAGUCAAAUACCUCACCAGAUCUGUCUAACUUCUCUACUACCCAGGGCAGUCUAAAAUCUUGUUUUGUAGUCUCAUAAUGGAAUGUUGUGGACUUCAUUUCUCAUAAACCCUGACCCGUGUUUGCCCUUUGACCCUGUAGGGAUGACCACAAGGAGGGGCUGAAGUUCUACACUGACCCCUCCUACUUCUUCGACCUGUGGAGAGAAACGAUGCUGCAGGACACGGAGGACAAGAGGAAAGAGAAGAGGAAGAACAAAGUAAUCUCUAAAAUUCCCUAUCUUUCUUUCUUUGUAUCUCUUCCUCCUUCUCUUUCUCUCCACCUUUCUCUUCCUCCCUUUCUCCACUAAUAUGUCUCUCCUCUCAGGAGCAGAAGCGUUGUGUGGACGGGACGUUGCAGAGGGAGGUGAAGAAGGUGCGUAAGGCUCGGAACCGUCGUCAGGAGUGGAAUAUGUUAGCCCUAGAUAAGGAGCUGAGGCCUGACCACCGCCACACACACUCCCUCCACCAGGGGGCCACCUCCGAGGGAUCACUGUCCCCUGAGAUGAGGUCAGUCCAAACACACACACAAACUUACAUUAUGAUGAGAUGAGGUCAAUGAAAAGUUUACACAUUAAUACAUUUGCAUUUAUAAGAUAACAUAUGAAAUGUAAAAAAGUAUGGAAUAAUUACUUUUCUGUAUAAUACUUUUCUGUAUAGAGUCUAUGAUAGUUUAGUCUCCCUCUGCUGUUCAGGGAGAAAUUACGGUCCUCUUACUCCCCCUGCUGGCCAUUCUGUAACGUUUUCUCUUUCCAUCUCCCUCCCUUUCGCUCUCUCCUAGGGGUCUUGGGCCUGACCACCACCAACGCCACUACCCUAACUCAACCAACCAUGCUAGUCACGCCUACACAUACUCCGGCCCACCCCCGAGUCUCCUGGCUGCUCAGCUGGCUGCCCAGGGACAUGCCACUCUGGACAAGGACUAUAGGGGAGCAACCGUGGCCUACAGGGGAGGCACCCUGGGUCGCCCCCACAAUGCUCCACCCCCUCCCCCACCCACUGAGAACUUGAACGGAUCUCUGCCACCUGUGGACUACAGGUCAGCAAGUGCACAGACACACACAUACAUAAACACCAUGGCAGACAGACAGAUGCGUAAAUGGACACUCAAAUAAACAUUCAAAUGUGCACACAGACACACACACAAACCCACGUGUACUCUUUUGUUGUCACUCUAGGGUUUGGGUGAGUCUUGUGUCAGGGGAAAUCUGAUCUGAUGACGAACAACAGGCUUUAUUCUCUCUGGGACUAAGCCUUAGGCUUUGAGUCUAUACUGUCACCCAUACAAACCGAGUACUGCACUGGUGCACUCAACUGCCUUGGUCUUGGCAUGACUCCCCUAUAAACUCUGUGCAAAUAAUGCCAUCCUGUUUUUUCAUUCUUCUUCACUUGUCAGAGGAUGUUAGUAUGACAUCGCUAUAAGUGAGAUGUUUUUGUGGAGAGGCAGAUAAAUGUGAUGCUUUCUAUUUCUGAAAUGGUUAUGAUGAUUAUUACAGUAUAAUGCCAUGCCCACCGUCUCACUCUCUCUCUCUCUCUCUCUCCCUCUCUGCCUCUCUACCUUCUCUCCCUCUCUCUUUCAGUAUGAUGGAGGGAUAUGGAAACGGCCCUCCUCCCACUCCUCUCAUGCCAUCGGCACAAUCUGCCUUUGCCAUGCCCCCCGGAGGCCCACUUCCUCCUCCAGGACCAAUGGUAUCAGCCGGUGGCUAUGACCCGGCCCCACCAGCACUCGCUGGGUCCCUGGUGGCUCCACCUCCCCCGAUGCCUCCGCCCCCUCCUCCAGGCUCUUCCUACUCUACCACUCUCAAGAUGUCCUCCAUGCCCCACAACGCCCAGCCUGUUAAUGAUGCUCGUAGUGAUCUGCUUGCUGCCAUACGCAUGGGUAAGAGUGUGUAUCUCUAUCUAACCCACCUGUCUCUGUGGCAGGGGUAUUGUGUGUGUCUGUGUGCCUGUGUGUCUGUCUACCUGUCUGUGUGUGUGUGUGUGUCUGACUAACUUGACUGUGGGCAAAUACGUUUUGCAUCGCCUGGUGCCCCGGGUGGGUGGAGAUUUCAUUUUAGGACCAAUGGAAUGAGACAACUGUGCCCACCCGGGGCCCCGGGCCAUGCGCAACAAACUUGCCUUUUCUGUCUGUCUGACUGACUGGCUGACUGUGUCUAACCUGUCUCUCCCUCCCUGAAUCUAGUUGAGUUGUGUCUGUGACUAACUGUCUCUUCCUGGCUGUAGGUAUCCAGUUGAAGUGUGUCUGUGACUAACUGUCUCUUCCUGGCUGUAGGUAUCCAGUUGAAGUGUGUCUGUGACUAACUGUCUCUUCCUGGCUGUAGUACCAGGUUUGAAGUGUGUCUGUGACUAACUGUCUCUUCCUGGCUGUAGGUAUCCAGUUGCAGUGUGUCUGUGACUAACCCUCUCUUCCUGGCUGUAGGUAUCCAGUUGAAGUGUGUCUGUAACUAACUGUCUCUCUCUUCCUGGCUGUAGGUAUCCAGUUGAAGUGUGUCUGUGCUAACUGUCUCUUCCUGGCUGUAGGUAUCCAGUUGAAGUGUGUCUGUGACUAACUGUCUCUUCCUGGCUGUAGGUAUCCAGUUGAAGUGUGUCUGUGUCUAACUGUUUCUUCCUGGCUGUAGGUACCAUUGA